AAAGAGACAGAGAGAUAGAAAAAAAUAAUUCCACCCCAACUACGCUGACCAUGAUGCUUUGCGCCAGGACUUACUUCCUGGUUACUGGAACGGCUGGUUUUCUUCAUCUGUCAGCUGGUAAACAAGAUGGCCCCUGAAGACCAAAGAAAGCUCUCUGUGCUCAGAUGAUCAGGACCGUGGCGAGCAGCGAUGGAGGACUUCAGGGGGAUGUACCUGCGUCUGUGUAAGGAGGGCGGCGUGGAGCCUCAGGAGGGGGUCCUGGACCAGCUGCAGGCCAGGGGUGGCUCUCCAGGCUCCAGACUGGACCUGAGUGGACAGAGCCUGUCUGCAGACACCUGCUCGGUGCUGGCCCAGGCCCUGCAGGACGGAGCCUUCACACAGGUGUCGCUGAGCGACUGCAUGCUGAGUGAAGAAGGGGCCAAAAUCCUCCUGACUGGACUGUUUGGGAACACGACGGUGAAAUCUCUGGACCUGAAGGGGAAUAACCUGCGGUCGGCAGGAGCUGAGGUCCUGGGAAAACUGUUGGCACGCAACAGUACCCUGCGUAGGCUGGUGCUGGAGUGGAACGCCUUGGGUGUGUGGGAAGAAGCCUUCUCUGUGUUUUGUGAUGGUCUGGCCUCCAACAACACGCUGAGCCAUCUGGACCUGCGCAACAAUCAGAUCAGCCAUCAUGGAGCUGCUGCGCUGGCGCUGGCGCUGCGGCGCUGCAGCUCCCUGGAGGAGCUAGAUCUGAGGUGGAACAAUCUGGGACUGUUGGGUGGCAGAUCCCUGUUAGAAGCCCUGCAGAAUAACAAGAGCAUCGUGAAGCUGAGAGCGGCGGGAAACAACAUCCCGAGUGACACGCUUAAAGCUCUCGAGCAGACCACAGGACACAACUCUGACCGGCAGGCCACGCUGAGAGAGAACCACAGCCGGACCCAGGUCCUCAGCCGGGAGAUCCAGAGCCUGAAGGAGGAGAAGGGGCGACAGCUCCUCAGCCUCAUGGAGACCAUCGAUAGGCAGAAGGAGGAGAUGGGCCGCUCCAACAGGUCAGCCUCCGUUCAGAUCUCCCAUCUCCAGGAAGCUCUGAAUGAGAGGAAGUCGGCUGUCAAAGCGCUCACUGCCAAGCUGCAGAUGGCAGAAGCUGCUCUGGCUCUCUCUGAGCAGAAGAACCAGAGUCUGGGAGAACACGUGACCCGGCUGAAGGCGGAGAAGGACGACGAGAGGGAGAAGCAGAGCCGUCUGAGGAAGAAGGAGGAGGAGGACCGGUCGCUCAGAGAAGGAAAACUUCUCAGAGAAAUCCAAAACCUGACGGAAACCAACGGACAACUCAGGAGUAAAGGCGAGGAGCUGGAACAGAGGUGCAAGUCUCAGCAGCAGCAGAUCUUUGAGCUGAAGCAGGAGCUCACCAACAGCACGGCCGAGCUGAAGAUGCGGCUGGCACAGGCCGACGAUCGACUGGAAAUGGAGAAGCGGAGGUCCAAACAAGCCUUGGAGGACAGCGACAGCCUCCGUCAGAAGGAGGUGGAGCACGUCAGCCGGCGCCUUGAGGAGAGCGAGAGGCAGCUGCAGGAGCGUGUCCUGAAGCUGGAGGAGCAGCGGAUUCAGCUGGAGGAGGAGGUGAGUAAAGGGAAGGCAGCCUGUGUGACAGAGCGGGUCCAUGCAGAGGAGGAGCUGGGCAGAGUGCGCUCCCAGCUGCGUCUGCAGGAGCAGGAGCAUGUGUCCCUGCUGGAGGAGAAGCUGCGCUCCGUGCGUUCCUCCCUGCAGGAGGUGCAGCUGCACUGCUCCCAGCAGAAGCAGACCAUCUCUGAGCUGCAGGCCAAGAACAGCCAGCAGAGCAUGGAGAUGGACGGCUGCCGGCGCCGCGUGGAGGAGCUGCAGCAGGAGCUGGCGGGCAAAGACCAGGAGAGGGUUGGGGAAGUGAGCCGAGUGAAGGUGGAGCUGCAGGAGCAGAUUGCGUUGCUGCAGGCAGAGAUGACGGCACAGGGGGGGCUCAAAGCAAAGAUCAACGCUCUGGAGAGAGAGCUGAAAGUGCGGGGAAGCAACCACAGGGAGGCGCUCCUCGACAAAGAGAGUGAGAUAUCUUCCAUGCUGGAGAAGCUGCGACUAAAAGAGGCUGAAAUCCAGAGAAUGAGGGAGGAUGAGGCCCACAGAGCCAGCUGCCUGCAGAGUGCCAUCCUGGCCUACGUCCAGGGCUCCCCCCUGGGACACUUCAGCAGCCCCAGGAAGUGACCAAGACCUCUAACGGGCCCCUGAGGGUCCUCACUGGUCUCUGAGGGUCAUCGCUGGUCUCUGAGGGUCAUCACUGGUCUCUGAGGGUCAUCUGCUGUCAGUGAACAUGAUCAGGCUAGACUGAGAUCAAUGGACAUCCACCCCAUGAAAACAGCUGUUUUUUAUUACUGUUAUUGAUCUACAGUAUCACUUUUUUAAAUUAUUCAAAAAAUAUUUUUUCUGUCUGCAGUUUUAUUUUAUUUUACUUCAUGAUUU